AUGGAGCGUGCCAUAGGAGAUAUCAAAAAACAUAUCAACUCCAAGCGUGAUCCAGGUACAAAUGCGGUUAAUGUCAUGAUACAUUUAGCAGCGAUACAGCAUCAUAGACGACUCGAUGAUGUGAAGCCUAUAAUUGAAGACGAAGCAUCAGCUACAUCUCAGCAGCAAAGCAGUGAGGUUCUUGUCGAAUCUGAGGAAUAUGAAAAUGAUGCCGAUUAUUAUGAGGAAAACAGUGAAAGAUGUGAGAUAUGGGGCCCUUAUGAAAGAAAAAAGGUGAGUGAUUUCAAAUACGUCAAGGAAUUGUGA